AUGCAAAAGUACAUGUAUGAGAAAGCAAUGGCCCAAGAGACAAGGAACGGAGGAACCUCUACGUUAAACAACAACAACGGUGUUGACAACAGUAAGAAGAAGCUGCUCAUAGCGCUGGACAUCAUCUGUCUUCUACUUGCUAGCCUGCCUUUCCUGAUCAUUGAGACUAGCACCAUAAAGCCGUACCAGCGCGGGUUUUACUGUUCGGACGAGUCCAUCCGCUUCCCCCGAAAAGAGGGCGACACCAUUAGUGAUGCCGUGCUUUGUGGUGUUGGCAUCCUUAUUGCCAUCUUCUCUAUUGUGAUCGGAGAAUGCUUCAGGAUUCACCAACUACAUGAGGGAACUAAGUCUUUCGUUGGGAAUCCUUAUGUCGCAGCCCUCUACAAACAGAUGGGUGUGUUUCUCUUUGGAUGUGCCGUCAGCCAGUCAUUCACAGACAUUGCCAAGGUGUCAGUGGGUCGCAUGAGACCCCAUUUCCUAGAUGUGUGUAAACCAGAUUUCUCUACCAUCAACUGUUCCCUGGGGUACAUCACUAACUAUACCUGCACUGGCGAAGAGAGCGACGUACAGGAGGCCAGGAAAUCCUUCUUCUCAGGACAUGCCUCUUUUUCGAUGUUUACCAUGCUUUACCUGGCUUUCUAUCUCCAGUCCAGGUUUACAUGGCGCGGCGCUCGUCUACUCCGCCCACUGCUCCAGUUCACCCUGUUGAUGAUGGCCUUUUACACCGGCCUAUCACGUGUCUCUGACCACAAGCACCACCCGACUGAUGUCCUGGCAGGCUUUGUGCAGGGAGCCCUGGUGGCCUACUGCAUAGUGUUCUACGUGUCAGACUUGUUUAAGCCUCGGGUGAAGCCAGCCACACCCCCGCCCUCCCCCAUCAAGAAGGAGCUGCUUCCUUCAUCCGACAUCAUUGACAGAAACAACCACCACAACAUGGUGUGAAAGAGGCCACAACGUCUUCCUGUGACUGAGGAGCCAAUCCCAGCGCUGCUCACCUCCCAUCGGACAGUAGAAUGUAGCGACGAGAGACUGUAGCUGCUUCUCAAAUGGCAUCCUCCUCCCUUUUUGCAGUGCCCAGCGAGGUGCUUUGUGGACUAGGGUGUCAGAUUUGAGAUUUGCACAGCAGAGUCCACUCUCACUAUCCAGACUUAUUAUUUACUAUUAUGUUAACUACUAAUCAACAUUUGAGCCCAUCAUUUUGAGCACAAGCAGAAAAGAAUUGGAAGCUAAAAGACAAAACGAAUUAAGAAAUUGAUGACUUGACAGGCAGAGCUGAGGGUGUGGAGGUUUGAUGGAAGUGUAACCACAGAAAGGAAACUUUUGAAGAAAAAGAAAUGAAGAAAAGAGACAAAAAAAGACAAACCCCCUGCCUAGGGAGAGAGUGAUGCUUCCUCUCUGAACUCUCUGUGGCCUUGGAACGCCGUAGGACAACAACUUCCUUAGCUACAGGAAGGAUAUUACUGCAAUAACUAGCAGCAUAGAAAUAUUAACAGUAUAGAAAAAUAUAACUUAUAGCACUGUUUUUAAGUUCAUUGUCCAUUAUCACCACUUGCUGCCUGAGAUGUCUAACUGAAAGAAAACUUGAUGAUGCUGACACCCACGAGACAGAAAUAUGAACUCCUAGAAGCCGACCGAGCCUGGUGUGGUGGUUUCCCUCCAUACUCAGGCAGGAUAAUGUUAACAUAGAAUUUAAUAACAAUAAUCCUGUACCAGUAGGCCGCUGUAAGGAUUGUAUACUGAUCUUCUUAGGCCUUUUAUCAGGUUUCAGAGCAGUACUUUGGCUGUCGCUUUAACUUUUUUGACUGAUCCACACGACAUCAGUAUCCCAAUAACAGAAAGAAAUAAAGCCCUGCGACUUCAUAUAACUCUGUCUCGGCAUUAGCACGUCAAGAUUUUUGUUGUGGACUUUCAGAGCGGCCCAAACCCGGGAUGUUGCAUUUCUUGAGGGUUAGAUGUAGUAAAGGGGGGAUAUUUUCUGUGGAAGGAGGGAGGCAGAUCUCGCAGCCUCCCAGCACCUGUAUAAGAGGCGUGGCUGUGCCAUGCCACUUCCUGGUGUUGGGGCCAUCUGUUUGGCUUUCUAAACAGGAAGGGGAUGGGUGGGCAGAGUGAAGGGGUGCGGUCUGUCACCGUGGAAAGAGGGUGAUGAUUUACAGCUAAGCUGGCACAUUAUUUUGGGAUGAUUUGGGCUCUUUCCGCUGGAAGGGAGGGGCUCUCACCCACCCAAUCACUCAUUGGCAAUAGAUGUUUGUCUCUCAGUGUGUGUGUGUGUCCUGUACACUCUUGUGCUUGUGUGGGUACACUUGUGCUUGUACAUGUACAUCUUAUGUGUGUUUGAAUGUGUUUACAUAUGUAUGAGCGCUGUGCCCUGUGAAAUGGAACCCCUUCUUGAUAAACUAUGUGUGUCAUGAAACACGCACACUGUCAGCUGUGCCAAGUGUGUGUUUUUGUGUGUGUGUGUGCCACUGUGUCAGAGAGUGAGAGAGCAGGUGAAUGUUAUAAAAACUGUGGAUCUAAUAUUUUUUAUUCUUUGCUAAAAAGCAUCUUUAACCUUGUAUGUUUAUAGCCUGUCCUGUAUAAUCACUAACAAUUGUACAGAUACAGAUGCCCUUUUUAUUUACAGCCUACUCAGAAAUCCUCCUCCAACAACACACUCCGCCAUGUUGCACAUCUUUCUCAUCGUAUAGUCCGUCCUAUCAUUUCACAAAGCCGUUUUCACACUCUUUUUAUAAAUAUAUAAAUAAUGUAUAGAUCACUAAAAUUAACUCUGUAAGAUAUUGUUUCUUACCAUGUUUAGAUAUAUCCACUAUCAUUACAGACCUGUGUUCUUUACAAAAUGCUGCUUAAAAAGCAUCAAUUGACAGAUUUUUGUAUUUAGAUAACUAAACUAUUGUAGAUUGUUACAGUUAUGUUUGUAAUAUGCAUUCAAAAACAAAAAACACCUACAAUUGUAUUAAAAUUCAAUAUUAGUAUUUUUGUAUUGUCUCGUUUUUUUGUACAAAGACAUAGUUGCAAUGCUGUUUUUUUCUGCUAAAUGUACUUAGCUCUAAUACAUGUGCUUUUAAAUAAAAAGCUCAGUAUGAACACAA